CCAGUUAUUCGUAUAUUGGCAUCGUAAUGAAAGUGUUCAUACAAUGUAUAAGCAUAAUUAUUUUAACUUGCAGUUGCAAUGUGCAAGAUGUUUUGGGCUCCAACGUUAUUUUCCAAUCUGGCGAAUGCAAGUACAAUCCCGAGAUCUUCCAUAACUUCACCAUACGCGUUGUCAACAACACGGUCAACCUGGAAAUGAUCACCAAAAGGACCUUUGAUCGCGGCUUCAAAGCUCACGUCGACUUCUCCAUCAGCUUGAGCAAAACGAAUCGCUAUCAACGCGUUUUCGCUCACACCGUGGACGUUUGCUCAGUUACUAGAGCACUAAAGAAAAACAUUUUUAAGGCCUGGUUCCAGAGCAUGCUGGAUCAUAGCAACUUCAUGUACAAUUGCCCAGUAGUCGCGGGUCAUUAUUUUCUGCGAAACUGGAAGGUGGACUCCCAGCUGGUGCCCCAGUAUUUAUAUGCCGGCAACUAUCGCGUCAUUGCCCAUUUUUUCUAUGGCAAACUCAAGUCAAAGAACGAAGAAACGGCUUUAGACGAGCGCCGCGUUGAGUUUCUGUCCAGCAACUCCUCUUUCAAUCCGAAAUAUUAUAAGAGCUUUUCGCUUUCUGUUUCGAAAAGGACACUGAAUAUGAAUAUGGAGUUGCUGUUGCCGAUUCAACGCGGCUUCAGGGCUCACUUCGACUACCAAUUGCGACUGGCCAAUGCCAAGACUUAUCAAACUCUGUUUAGCCACAAUAUCGAUGUGUGUGCCACAGUGAGCAAUGUCAAAGGCGGACUGUUUAAGAGCUGGUUCAAGAGCAUGACAGAGAAGAGCAACUUCAUGCUCAACUGCCCCGUAGUACCUGGCACCUACUAUCUGCAUGAUUGGGAAAUGGGCUCCAGCUUGACACAUCAGUUUCUGCAUCCCGGCGAGUACCGUGGCAGAGUCAAUUUCUUCUAUGGAAAGUACAUGACCAAAUCUGAAAUUCGAGUGCUCUCUUUUACCAUUGAUUCCAUUUUGUGUAACUGA